AUGGAAACUUAAAUCACAUUAAAGAUAAAAACCUUAGAUAAUCAAAUCACUUCAUUUUCUAUUGAUCCAAAUAAUACUGUUGAUUAAUUGAAAAAAGUAAUUUAAAAUAAACUAAACAUACCUUUUGAUAAGUAAAGACUGAUCUUCUAAGGAAAAGUUUUAGAGAACAAUAAAACUUUAUAAGAUUAUAACGUAUUUAGUAAAUGAAUCGAUAUAGUUAUAAAAUGAUCAUGUAGUUUUAUUACCAGGAUAGCCAAUAUAGGAAGUCUAGAAUUAAACUCAAUAAUAAUAAUAAUAAUAAUAAUAAUAGUAAUAGUAAUAAUAAAGUGUAAAUGAAUUCCUUGAAAUAGAUAUCUUAAGUAAUAUUCUAAGAACACUAAGUAAAAUAAACUCUAUAUUUUAGGGCAGCAUUAAUUUAAUAGAUAGAAUGUAAGAAGAAUGGUACAAUAAUAAAGAAGCAAUGGUAAGAACUUCAAAGAUUUCAUAUAGGUUUUAAUAUUGAUAAACAAUUAUCUUUAGAGGGUAUAAGAUAAAAUUACUAAACUGUUAAAUAGUUAUUAGAUACAUAAGUGAAACCUGAAGAAUUAAAAUAAGAAGAUAUUUAAGGUAUAUAUAAUUUUGUUAUAUAUAUAGGUGAAUAUGUAAACCCAUUUGAUCCAAAGAAAAGAACAUUUUAAGUUGGAUAGUGGAUUGAUGUGAAAGAUACGAUUGAUCAGUGGGUAUUUAUGUUGUUUUUAUAAUUUCUAUUUAGCUUGAAGCAUAAGUAUAAAUAGUUGAAUAGAAUAGAAUUUUUAUUCAUUAUAAUGGAUGGGGUAAUAGAUGGGAUGAAUGGAUUGAUAUAUAAUCUCCUAGAAUUGCUACUUUUCGAACUUAUACUGUAGGUAGUAUUAAUUAAGACUUCUUAUCUCCACAUCCUGUUAGUGAUCCUGAUGGUGAUGUAGUAAAGUAAGAAAUUGAUAUGCAUAAAUUUAUUUUUGAUGUAGGACAUAUGAUGAAUUAAGUUACUUAAUUAUUAAUAGAAUUUGGAAGAUUUGAAAAUAAUAAAAGAAUUGCUGAAAAAUAAUUAUAAUUGUAAUAAUAAUACUAAUAAAUGUUAAUGAAUAAAAAUAAAGAAAGUAAUCCUGAAGAAUAUAAUCUUGAAAUGAAAAAGAAAGAAAAAGAAUUAAAUGAAUAUGAAAUUAAAUCUAGUUUAAUUGGUUCAUAAUUAGCACCUAUUUUUGAUAGAAUGGGUCGAAUGAUGACAGAUUUAGCUCCACAUUUAGCUUUGAUGGGAUCUAAAACAUAAAGAGUUAAUAAUAAUAACUAAUAAUAAUUACUUUUUUAGGUACCUGUUACUUUAACUCCAAAUGAAAUUUAAUAGUCAUAAUAAAAUGCUCCAACACUUCAUAGUCGCUUAGAUAUAAUUAGCAAUAGACUCGCUAUACUAAGAAUGACAGAAUUCAUUCAAUAAGAAGAUAGUGAUGAUGAUCAUAUUACUAUCUGA